AACUAAAACAAAGAAAAUAAAAUCGAUUUGGUGAUAAUAAUGAAUAGCUACAAGAUAUAUUGAUCGAUUAAUCGUGCUAAAUAUUCGAAAAUUACAGUUGUCUUGCGAAUUUGGCGUUAAUAAAGAAUAAAAAAAAAAAAGAAAAGAAAAGAAACAAAAGAAAAGAAAAAUAAAAGAAAAACAAAGAAGAAAAUGAGGACGAUACAAUUGCUGAUGUGUAUAAUCGUUAUUCUUCAUUUGAUUUUAACUAUUACUCUUAUACGUUACCAGACAAGGAAUACUCUAUCAAAACGGAUUUUUAAUAAAAUGAUGAGCGCUGUUCACUAUUUUCCAAACUUAAAUACAUCACUCUCGUUAAUUAUAUCGAGAAAGAAACGAGAAAACGACGAUAUCGAUGUUUUAUUAACGAGACACUCGAAGAAUCGAAAACGACAUUGUAAAAAUAAUUCUACGUGUUCUCAUAUCGGGACAUCGGAACAGAUAUUCCUUAAAACACAAGAGAAUAACGAUUACGAAACCGAAGAAUCACGUUUAAUGACAAAGAUCCGAGCGUCAAAUGAAAAAGAUGAAAAUAUUAGUACGCGAUCAGAAGAUAUCGAUACCAAUAACGAUAGAUCGUCGAUUAUCGAUGGAUACGUCGAGGAUAAGGAUAACGAUACAAUCGGCGAUUACGUCGACGGUAGAGAUUUCCCUUCUAUUUAUGAAACUUCGGAUGAUUUUUCUGGCAUGUUGACGAAUGUUUUUCAAACCUUGCUAAAUGCAUCGUUUGAGAACAAUCAAAAUAUCUUAAAGGGAUUGCAUUUUGUCAGAGAAAAAUUGGACACGGACCCAUGUCAAAGGUGGUUGAAUAAUCAAGACAAACUCGAAGCGGCAUUUUCGGGACACCUCGUUGUUCUUCCCGCCUGUCCGUGCAAAUAUCCGAACAGUAUCUUCUACGACAACAAUCUAUGGGACGAAAAACAAAAGAAGCAUUUUCGUUGGCGCGACGUGAGCAGUGCAUCUUACCGAUUGGAUGUUUACAAGCCUGGGGCGGCCUAUUGCGUGCGUACUCUAUUGGCUACGGGAACCGGAAGUGCACAACAUUGUUGCUACGAUAGUGACAGAAAGCUGAUAACACGUGGUUCCGGUGCAGGGACACCGUAUUUUGUAUUUUUAUUUGGGAAUUGUGUUUGACACAUCGUGAUAGGUUCCAUUGUUAAAAAAGUACAUGUGUACGUUGUUUAGAUUUAACAAAGUGAG